CUGAUCCUUGCUAUCAUUAUAAUAACCUGAGUGAUGCCAAUAGAAAGAUAAGUUAUGCAACACUUCCCGCUUCAGAGCUGUGUGACAGCCAACUCUCUGAAGGAUGGUAUCGUUUUGUGGGAGCUGCAGGAACAAAAAUGCCAACGACACGUGUGCCAGCAUACAGAUGUGGCACAGACUUCCCAGGCUGGUUGGAUGGUGCUCAUCCUAGAGUGGAAGAUAGUGAAAUUCGCAGGAAAGUCUGCUUUAGUGAUCGCUCUACUGGUUGCCAAUACUCCAAAGGGAUUUUUGAAAAAAACUGUGGAUCCUACAUCAGCUACAGACUUCAAACACCUCCUUGCCCCUCACGUUACUGUGGUACAGACUGA